AUGGGCGACUUCGAUCCUUCAUUCGUUCACGCCAUAGCCGUACAAUCAUGGACAUUAUACGGAAUAGGGAUGUUCUUUAUCUGCUUAAGAAUAUAUGCGCGGGUCAAAAGAUUAGGCUUUAAAGGGCUUCAAGCAGAUGAUUACCUUAUGCUUUUAGUUGGGGUUCUAUACACAACCCUAAUAGUAUGCCUCAAUGUCAUCUGUCAGGGUGGUGGGAGCAAUCUAUACCCACCUGAACAGUACGUUACAUUUUCACCCGAAAAUAUUCAAGAACGUAUUCAAGGCUCCAAAAUCGUUAUUGUUUCGGAACAGGCCAUGCUUAACGUGAUAUACACCAUCAAGUGUUGUAUGCUUAUAAUGUACAGUCGUUUGACAUUAGGCCUCCAAGUCCGUCGCAUGAUCAACUACAUGGCAGCAUAUGUUGCGAUAGGCUGGGUUGCUACUGAAAUUGCAUUUUUCACUGCAUGUAGGCCAUUUCAUGGUUAUUGGGCGAUGCCUCCUCCUAACCCGCAAUGCACGACUCUCGAACACUACGCUUAUGUCCAGGGAUGCUUUAAUAUAUCCUCUGACUUACUAAUGCUCGGGAUACCACUUCCCCUGAUAACUCGUCUCAACGUUCCUUUGAAACAAAAAUCUGUCCUAUUCUUAAUAUUUUCUAUGGGAGCAUUCGUCAUCAUCGCCGCAAUUCUCACCAAGAUAUUCAACCUCACUGAUGUUUGGGACCCCUCAUACAUGUUAUGGUAUACUCGAGAAGCAUCUGUUGCGGUUUAUGUGUCCAAUUUACCGCUCAUCUGGCCCAUUCUCCGCGAAUGGUUUCCCUCCCUUAAGGUCCUUGCACCGCGGAGCAAAGUACCUUCCCAACCAACGAAGUAUGACCCUUCUACAUCGGGUCAUUUCCCCCUCCCGGAUGACUACGAGAGAAAAGCUUUGACCACACCGCAAGAUAACUCGGUCACUACUACAAUAAAGUGUCAACGUAGUCCGGGUAUCAAUGAUGUUGUCUCAGAGCUUGACUCAACAUCAAAGCAAGAGAUGAUGGACUACCCAAGCCCAACCCCGCCAUAUCACGAGCUCCCUGUCUCUGAGUUAGACGGAGAGAAUAACCACAUCCACAUGACAACUACCGUCCAAAUUUCGGAGGAGCAUGUCUUGAACGAAGGAAAGUCACCUUUGAAGCAGCCUACCAGCGGACCUAAUCGAAUGAACGAAGGCGAGCCAAGUGUUCAGCAAGGAUACAAUUGGAUGGGUAAAUCUUUUUGA